AUGGAGGAACCAACAAUAGAGCAACUGCGCAGGCUAAAGAGCCGCCAAAUCAGCCUCGGGUUUGAAUCGGUAUUACAAUUUGAACAAGCUCUACUUCGGUUCGAACAAUGGGAGACAUAUCGACUCACCGAUGGCAUCACUCAUGCUAUACUCGACGAAGGGGAGGCGAUCAUAAGAGAGGCCAAUACACUCUACGACAGAUCUGAGGAACUGGUAGCAGGUAUGGACGCAAGACCUGACAACAUGGGCCAGUAUGCCAAUUUAUCGGAUCGUGAUAUCGGCGGGGCUUGGGCAAAUAUGGUGGUAGACGAAGCUAUCGCUCAGCAGCAUCUCAAUGUAGCAGAAGACAAGCUCACAAGGUACGAGGAGGCCCUGGACGAUUACCGCUUGCAGGUUCCAGCAGAAGACGAUGAAGAGGAAGAGGAAGUAGGCCAAAAAAGAAAACGCCCAUCAUCGUCCGAAUCAGACGAGUUUGUAUCCCCCCGCCGCGACGGUAACCCCGGCCCUUUCCAUGAGGAUUAUACUCUGCUCCAGGUAGGCGAAGGUUUCGCGCGGAGAUUUCCUCGGGUUAAGCCUCCACUAAAACCAGAAGAGAUUCCCGCAUUCCGCGCGAAGAAGCAAGCGCAGGAGGAACAAAUGAGAAUAGCGUUGGAAGGGAAGCAAAAGAGGGCGCAAGAAGAAAGGGAAAGAAAGAAAAGAAAGCUAGGGAAUAACUUAGAGCAAGAAGAGGAGGAGGAGGAGGAGGAAUGGGAAAGUUAUGACAGCAAUGACAGCAAUAAUGAUGAGGUUGCCAAUGAGGAUGGUGAUGAGGAUAAUAAUAAUACGGACGACAAUACGGACGACAACACGGGCGGCAAUGACGAAGGGAGUGGUAAAGAGGGUAAUGAGAAUCAAGAUGAUAAGGACAAGGUCGAGGGAGAGAAUGUAGGGGGAACUAGGGGGGAGAAUAAGGAAGAAAAUAAGGAAGAAAAUAAGGACGAAAGCAAGGAGGAUAAGGAAGAAACUAAGGACAAGGAGAGUAACGAGGGGAAGGAGGCGAGUGACAAAUCUGCCGAUAAAAGAGAUGAGGGAGGAAAUAAGGACGAUAACAACGGAGGCGAAAAAUAG